CGGGCGGCGGUGGCGGCAGCGCGUGUGGCCAUCGGCAAGCAGCUGGAUCGAUCGCGGCGGCCUUGUAGCUCGAUCGUCUCGGCAAAUCGAUCGAUGCAGUGAUGUGUCGUGUCCAGGUCGUGUAUUAUCUCAGCCAUGGGGGACGGAUGGAGCAGCCGCAUCUCAUCGAGGUGGAGCAAGAGGGAAAUCGUCUCUACCUGAGCGAGGUGAAGAAGCGAUUGACGGUGCUGCGAGGGAAAGGCAUGCCGGAUGCCUUCUCCUGGGCCUACAAAAGGAGCUACAAGAACGAUUUCAUCUGGAACGACGUGACAGAGAAUGACCUGAUCUUACCGCUUCGCGACAAUGAGUAUAUCAUCAAAGGAUCGGAGAAUGUGUAUGGAAGACAAGAGAGUCGUAGCGAUCGGGGAAGAGUUCCAAGCAUCCAGGAGGAACACAAGGAUUUCGAGAGUCCAAUGUCUUAUCAUCACCACACUCCCAUGCGAGCAAGCGAAGGCUAUGACAAGCGGAGCUCAUUGUCUUCUUCUUCCGUCGCUGGCAGCAGAUCGCCCAGGAACAGGAACAAAGCUUUCAACUGCGAAGGCGCUCUCAGAGUGAACAGGCAGCUCAUGGAGACGCUCACGCAGGCAAAGACCGAAUCCAUGGACGAAGUCUUCUACGAUAACCCACACUCGGAUGGAUCAAGCAACGGCAACACUUUCACUGACGUCAAAGUGUACAAGACUCCGGCAUCUCCUGUGACUGCGGACCACGGCAAGGAUGCAGCAACGCAGACGGAGGAGCAUUCUGGUAAAAAUACUCACGAGUUCCAGUUUCACCGAGAUGUUCAGCACGAUCAGGAGAGAAGCUGUCAACGUGAUCAGGAAACUCAAAGCUCCAGGAAGAAGUCUGAGAGAGCUGGUUUGGUUUCUACCGUAAGGAAGCAACUGGAGGAGAGUAGCCGGAAGCAAACAAGCACUGCGGUUCUUCGGCAGCUGCUCUCCUGUGGUGGGAUCGAUACGAACACUUGUUCCUCCAUGCAGUACAACAGGUUGCACUAUCCACCGCAAGCAUGGGCUUGGAGCAAGUCCAAAGCAGAUACCAGGUCCGAAGCGGAGAGUGCUUCCAAGAUUCCACACGAUGUUCUUCCUUCUUGGGAGUCUCCUAGGAUGCCAGCUCGUUUGGUCAGCUCGAGUCAGGAUCCUGAAUCUAUUCCAGAAGUUGUGAAGGAAACGACGAACUCCCCGGCUGCAAGCCAUGCGGAGCGACGAUCCUUGGUAGACAAGGCAUCUCGCGAGGAGGCAAGAAAGUUACAGAACAGUAUGCUUAUUGCAACUAAGGAAGCUCGGAAGGUCGAAGACAACAGCCCCCGUCUAUCGCCUGCGAUAAAACGUGUUAAUGUGGAACUUCCAACGCUAAAGGUGCAGUUCAGCCCCCCGAAAAAGGAAAUGAAGUGCAAGGAAGACAGGCCUCUAACACCAGGACGAAGCCGACUCGAUUGGGAAAAGACCCUCCAAGAGGCUGUCAAUGCAAGUUCUCCUCCCGUGGAUUUCAGAUUGUUGCUGCAAGAAUGCCCGCAAUGUGGUCGAACUUUCAAGCCAGAUUCUCUGAAGGUUCACUUGCGAGGAUGUCAUGGCCAGAAAACUGGGAAGAUAACAAGCGUGGCAAGGCGUCUUGAAUAGGUACUAUUUGUUGUUUUAUGAUCCCAUAGCCUUUCUAUGUUCUUUUCUGCAUGUAAAGAAACUUUUCCUUGUCCUUUU